AUGCCUGUAUCAUUGGAAGAUCUAGACAAAAUUAUGGGCCACACAAGUCACCGCGAUAAUCAAUUGAUGAAAGUCUACUAUGCCACGCUUUCUCAGACUGGAUUGCAGCAUAUACUACGUGCUAAUGAUGCGGAUAGCGCAGAGUGGACAACUUACAAAAGCAAUAAAGAUGUUGAAGUCCUAAGCAAAACGCCAGCGCAUCUCGUGUGUCCAUCAGGGGGCUAUUGUUCAGAAAAGGAUCGUCUGGUGGAGAUGAAAGGACACUCAUUAUGUGUAUAUUUAUUUCCCUAA